AUGAACAAUAUAACUGAGCCCUCUCCUUCAGUAGCCCCUGAGGAGUCUGUUGGUGAGGUAGCAGUGGCUUGUGUGAUCCUUGGCUUGUCCUUCCUGGUUGGAGCUCCGGGGAACCUGCUGGUGAUCUGGACUAUCCUGAGACACGUCAAGCAACGCUCUCAUACUGUGGUACUGAUCCUGCACCUGGCUGCUGCAGACCUGCUGGUCCUCAUCACAUUGCCUAUUUGGAUAUACUCCCUGGCGGACACAUGGGUGUUUGGAGUUGCACUGUGCAAGACUUUGGGGUAUGUCAUCAACGCCUGCAUGUACAGCAGCAUCUUCUUCAUCACCCUUAUGAGUGUGGAGCGCUAUGUAGCCAUCUGUCGUCCAUUUGUGAUGAUGCGCUGGAAGACCAACAGCACCAUGACCAGAUGUCUUGUACUUUUAUGGCUCCUUGCUUUCGUUCUUGGGAUGCCUGCGCUGGAGAUUCGUACUGUUGAUGAACAUAACGAAACUAAGCGGUGUCAUUAUGAGGGCUGCACCGCUAAGAAAAAAGGAAUUAUUAACCUAUGUCUUCAGGUUUUGGUGGGCUUUGUAAUCCCUUUCACUGUUCUUAGUGUCUGUUACUCUCUAAUAGCUGUGCAGCUCAAGAAAAUGAGUUACAACUCAAAACAGAAAUCUAUGGUUCUUAUUCACGCUGUGGUGAUUGCUUUCACAGUGUGCUGGUUGCCUUUCCACAUUAUCAACAUUAUUAAUCUGAUCUGCUGCCAGCGAUCGGACAUAGGACAUGAAUGUGUACCACAGAGUGUUAUCCUGAGCUCUGGAGCCCUGGCUUUCAUCAGCAGUUCAGUGAAUCCUGUGUUAUACGCCUUCCUUUCAAGAAGCUUCCAAGGGAAUAUGAAGGACUCAAGGCUAGUCAGGCUGUUCAGGGAAGUAACCACUCAAACAAACAAACUCAUGGACCUGGCAGUACAACAGCAGACUGGCUAGGGGGCAGCAGUUACAAAGGAAGAGUUGCUGUGUGACUCCCUAUGUAAAUAAUACUCUGAAUCUUUGAAACUGUGAUGCCUAAGAAAAUGUGUUAUAUGCAGUUAAUUCAUGGUUGCAACAAUAAGGAUCAUAGUAAAACGAACUCCUUUUUCCAGCAUCAGUCCAUAUAGAUGACACCUUGAGGCGUAACUAGUUCAUAGAGCUAACAGACUGACAAAUCCAAUGGCAACACUUUAUGGGUGUUAAUAGAACAACAAGGAGCCUGACUAUUAUUUUGCUCAAAUAACAUUAUCUUAGUUCUGCUUACAUUUAAAAGUAGUUUCUGGUCAGUGAGAGUGUGCUGCAAUAGGUCAAAACCAUCGAGUCAUCAAAUGACAUUGACAUAAAAUAUGAAGAUAAUAGACAGCAAAAUAGUCCCUCAGGUAACUACCUUUUCGUGACCAGCUCAAUUGGACAUGUUUCACACAUUUGUUUAAAUAACUAUGUGGACGGCUAGUCACUUCGCAACAUUGCUUGAUAAACUAGUCAACAAUCAUAAGUGCAAAAAACAUGGUAGUAGACAUUAUUCAUCACUGUACGUCAUCCAUUGGUUGAACUCAUUUUAUUAGUAAUGUUACAUCAAGUCAUCAGACCACUUCACUUAUCCACAUUAAGUAAUGUGACAUAUAAACAGUAAAUUCUUAUAGUAGUAAAACUGUGGUGGGAAGUGGCCUGUGUUCAUUUUAGAAAUUAACAGAUUAUUCUGAGCUGUAUAAAUGUGUUCUUUUGGUGAACUCUGUAAAUCUUAACCACCAUGAAACUGCGUCUACUUCGGGUUUUAGUUCCUCUCCUCCUCUCAGAGCUUCCAAAGGGGUAGACUGAGCAUCGGCAUCAGUCAAAACAACAGACAUGGUUUAAGCUGCUGAGGGUUUAGGUAAUCAUGUGAACUUUAACCCAUACUUCAAAGUACAGCUAACGACAGAGAAAAAGCAAAUGUGUUUUGAAUUAUUGAAUAUUUGAUCUUAAUGGAUAUGACUACCUUAUUUGCAUUUAUCUACAUACAUUUCCUGUGGUGUUAGUUGAUGGAUUUAUUUGUAUUUAAUUACAUUGUUUAUGACACUGAAUUUAAUUUGUCAAAAAUGCUGAUCUGAAUAAACCUGAAGGUGUGAAACCCCAGCACAGCAGCAAUCUGUGCUGAUUUAUUCUUUAUAAUUUACAUUGAAAUGAUGGUGUAAAUCAAACACACAAAUGAAGAGCAAUUAAAAAAUAAUUUAAUUAUGAAAUACAAGUGCUGUGUGCAAUGGAAUCCGAGUUGGAAGAGGAAAUGACACAAUUACUGUAAAUCACAGGACUCCACACAGCCUGCUUUCUCAAGGAUGUAGAACUGAAAGUGAAAGCAUAUUGUACUCCUGGUAGCUUUUAAUCCAUAGAAAGAUGAAUGUAAUGAUGCACUGGUCUUCAUAUCAGAAUCAAUCAAUAAAAGGAAUUA